AUUUCAUGAAUAAAUACAGUAUUGAUACAGUACUACUAUUAACUAUUGAUUAUGAUUCUAACGAGCAAGAUAAAUUCAUAAAUAAAUUCAGCUGUGUUAUAAUUCUCCGAUUGUUUUUCAUCCCUACGUGAUAUUCUGCUGUGUUCUCGGGCUGGCAACGUGGUCGUUGCGAUGGGCUUCCCGUUGAAAGCACUGCUCAUCCUGGCUGCCCCGAUCAUCGUCGUCUCGUGGGCGGUUAUGAUCGCCAUCAACACCAUCACCGUCAGCUACGCCGUGCUGCCCGUGUUCCGCCACUUCGACGAUCCCGACGUGCUGGCGGAACGGCGCGCCCAUUUCGCCAACGUGGCUCCGCGGGAUACUCUCGAUAAUCUCAUGUGGUUUAUGCAGAUCACCGAUCUGCACAUCAACGAGUACGAAGAGCCCGAGCGCAUCGCGCAGCUGCAGGAGUUCUGCAGCGUCGUGGUGGACGCGGUGCGGCCCAGCGUGGUGCUGGCCAGCGGGGAUCUGACGGACGCCAAACGGCGCACCAGCUUCUCCUCCGGCCAGAACGAGCAGGAAUGGAGGGAUUAUGCGCGCGUGCUGCGCGAAUCGCGCGUCACGGAGAAAACCGUCUGGCUGGAUAUUCGGGGAAAUCAUGAUACGUUCAAUGUGCCUUCGCAUGACAGCAAAAUGAACUAUUUCCGAACCCAUGCGUCGCGGGGAAAUUUCACUUCGUACCACUACGUGCAUCGCUACGGAGCCAACAGUGUGUCCUUCAUCGCCAUGGACGCCACUCCCGAUCCCGGCUUCCGGCGACCGUUUAAUUUCUUCGGAAUCAUUACCGAACAACAAAUGGAAGAGCUGCACCGGUUUGCGGACGAUGCCAAGAGCAGUAACGUGACCAUUUGGUUCGGUCAUUAUCCGACAUCCUACAUCAGCUCCCCACCGCCGGGAAUCUCCCACACUAUGCGCGGCGCUGUGGCCUACCUCAGCGGGCAUCUGCACACCCUGGGCGGUCUGGCGCCGGAACUGUAUGCGCUGCAGAAAAGCGGCACACUGGAGCUGGAGCUGGGCGAUUGGAAAGCCAACCGCUUGUUUCGUAUCGCGGCUAUUGACCACGAUCUGAUGUCGUUUGCUGAUUACGAAUUCAAUCAGUGGCCGAUUGUGCUGGUGACGAACCCGAAGAAUGUGCGCUUUUACGCGCCGGUCCAUGAACCGCUGGAUCGCAUCGCCCGCUCCACGCACAUCCGCGUACUAGCCUUUUCCCCGCACGGCAUCCACUCCGUCCAAAUCCUCCUCCCCGACGCCACCACUUACCAAACCGCCACCCGCGUCCGCAGCAGCAGUCCUUUAUUCACCCUCCCCUGGGACGCCAGUCGCUACGCCAUCGGCAGCCACACCCUCACGGUCCGCGUGGAAGACAGCGCCGGGAAUAUCCGCGAGAUUGUCCAGGAGUUCGCCACCCGCGACGCCCAGGUGCCGGGGUUCUCGCUGCUGCGCCGGCUGAUUCUGAUGGGCGAUGUGGGGCGCUUCUUCGAGACGCUGUGCUUCGGGAUGGUCCUGGGCAACUGCGUCAUGCUGUGGCUGCUGGGAACCGCCGCCUGGCGGUGGGUGGCGCAGUGGGCGCGCGGCUGGACGGAGUGGCGGUUGGUGCGGGAAAUCAGUUGCGUGGUGCGGCUGGAAUGGCUCUUCUGGGUGUUGAACUGGUGCUCCGUCUAUCCCGUCAUGCUGCCGUGGUUUUUCGGGGAGAUCGUGGAGGGGGAGUACGGGGUGGCGUUCAGCUUCGGGAUCUGGAUGCGCCGGCAGUGGCUGCAGGGCCAGAUGACGUACAUGUUCGCCGUGACGCAUCUGCUGCUGCACAUCCUCCCGCUGACCUGCUGCAGCAUCCUCUACGCCCGCGCCCGUCUGCGGCAGGGCGGCCGCUGGCGCUGGACGCACGGCUUCUACCACGCCUGGUUCGCCGGGAUUCUGCUGCUGGAGCUGCUCAAUCUGAAGAUCAUCGGCGAUUCCUACGGGGCCAUCUCCGUGCCCACCAACGGCUUGCUGCUGUGGAGCGGGGUCGUUCCCACGGUGUUCCUAUGGUAUAAAUGCUGGCGACUGGGCACCGACAGCCGGAGUGAAACCCGGAAAAAGUCCCCCCUCAGCAAAAACGACGAAUAACAUGUCAACCAACGGAAAAAAAUGCAGGAUUCGGUUUGUCGCGUUUUUACUUAAUUUCCAUGAAGGAUUUCCCGUGCGUGUGGCGUUCUUGUCUUUGUAUUUUGUUCUGGGUUGUUGGUUCUGAUUAGUGUCUCUCUCUUCUCCUCCAUUCUGUGAUACAGUGUUGAUAUUAUUUUUUAUAUUGGCAAUAAUUUAAUCAUUUCCAGUGAUAUUUUUGUGAUUAAUUAUGCGGCAAGAAAUUGUCAUCGGAAAAUGUACUCAAAUAAAAA